AGAGGGAGAGAAGUGUGAGAGACCAAGCAUGUCACAGCCCUUCCUCUUAUCAUCUCUCCCUCAAGUGUUCUGGAACUCUGCCAGGAGGCCCGUUAGCAUUAUCAGCUAAACGCACACUGAGACACAAGGUCUCCACUUUAGUGGUUCUGCACGUAUUACUGAAGCUGAGUAACAUGGCAGACGCUUCAUUGAAGGAUCUGGAUCUGUUCCGCUGUUCGGUGUGUCUGGACCCAUUAAGGGAUCCAGUCACUAUUCCAUGUGGACACAGUUACUGUAUGAGCUGCAUUAGUGGCUGCUGGGACCAGGAAGAUCAGAAGGGUGAGUACAGCUGUCCGCAGUGCAGAGAGAGAUUCAGCCCAAGGCCUGCUCUGAGGAAAAACACCAUGUUAGCCGAGCUGACGGACAAAAUGAAGACGACUGGGAUCCAGGCUGCUCGUCCUGCACCCUGCUAUGCUGGACCAGGAGACGUGCAGUGUGACCUCUGCUCUGAGAGAAAACACAAGGCUGUCAAAUCCUGUCUAGUGUGUCAGGUGUCUUUCUGUGAAACCCAUGUUCAACCUCACUAUCAACAUGCUGCCUUAAAGAAGCACUUGCUGGUUAAAGCCACACAUCUACAAAACAAGAUUUGUCCUCAACAUGGCAGGGUCCUUGAGAUGUUUUGUUAUACUGAUUGGAAGUGUGUUUGUGUGUUGUGCACCAUGGAAGAUCACAGAGGCCAUGAUAUGGUCUUAGCAACAGUAGCAAGGCCCGAGAAACAGAAUCAACUCCUGGAAAAAAGGAAGAAACUCCAGAGGAGAAUCCAAGAGAGGGAGACAGUGAUGAUGGAGUUGGCAGAGGCUAUGGCCUCUUUCAAACACUCUGCAGAGGAGGCAGAGGAGCACAGUUAUAGGAUCUUCACUGAGCUGCUGCUGUCCAUUGAGAGAAGGCGCUCUGAAGUCAAAGAGCUGAUCAGAGCUCAGCAGAAGGCAGCAGUGAGUCGAGCUGAAGGAAUCCUGGAGAAACUGGAGCAGGAGAUCGCUGAGCUGAGGAGAAGAGACGCUCAACUAGAGCAACUCUCACGUGAGGAGGACCACGUCCAUUUCAUCCAGAGUUUCCAGGCCCUCCAGACUGCUCCUGUAUCUAAGGCUUCACCUAGCAUCACACUAAGUCCACACCUGUCAUUUGAGGACCUGAAGGAAUCUUUCACUGCACUGAAAGGGGAAGAAACCUGCAAGAUGGAGAAGAUAUUUGCUGAAGUGGCACAGAUCCAGAUUGUGCUGCCGCUGGAACCAAAAAGCAGAGAGGAGUUAAUAGAGUAUUCCUGUCAGCUGACACUGGAUCCAAACACGGCACACAGAUCCCUCUCUCUGUCUGAGGGGAACAGAAGGGCUACACGUGGAGAGGAGCAGCCAUAUCCCGAUCAUCCGGACAGAUUUGAUGUGUGGUCUCAGGUGCUGUGUGUGCAGGGUGUUUCUGCCUGCUGCUACUGGGAGGUUGAGUGGACUCAUGAAGACACUUUUGGGGUGGAUAUCGCUGUAGCGUACAAAGGCGUCAGCAGGAAAGGAGGUUUUCUUGAAUGUCGGUUUGGGUAUAAUAAUCAGUCAUGGAGGCUGGAUUGUGAUCCUGGAAGAUGUUCCUUACGGCACAAUAAUUUUAGAACUGAACUCCUCACCCUCCCCUGCUCCAGAAUGGGAGUGUAUGUGGACCACAGGGCGGGUAUUCUGUCUUUCUACAGCAUCUCUGACACAACGACCCUCCUCCACACUGUGCAGACCACAUUCACUGAACCCCUCUAUCCUGGGUUUUGGGUGGCAAACGGAGCAUCUGUAAAACUCUGCUCAGCAUAAUGUGCGUGGAUCCAUUUAUCAAAACUGCACAAACAAACAAAAAGGCCAAAGCAAACAAACAAACAAAGAGGUGUG